AUGAGCACAUUUGGCAGUCCUGGAGGACGACAGAUUCAGUCAAAGCCCACGCCACCAGAGCGCGGCAGCUUUCCCCUCGAUCAUGAUGGGGAGUGCAAAGAUGUUAUGAUGAAUUACCUGUCUUGCAUAAAGAAGGUCAAGGGAACCAACGAAGCGGAAUGUAGGAAUCUGGCGAAAUCGUAUUUAUCAUGUCGCAUGGAUAGGAAUCUGAUGGCGAAGGAUGAGUUCAAGAAUUUGGGGUUCGGUGAGGAUAAGCCUGGUACUCCCGAGGGAACAAAGGUUGGGGCGGACGAAGGGAAGAAGAAUGAGUUGAGAUGGUAG